GAAUUUCGUUUCAUACCUAUCAAUUCUCAAACACAAAAAUCUCUUUUCUGCAUCUUGUUAUUGCUGAGGGUACAGAUAGCCAACAUGGACUACGUACUUGCUGGUAACUAUUUCUUUGCAGAUAUCGAUGAUGAGACGGCAAAGUUGAUCAUUCAGCUUCAGCUCGAUGACAUCGAUUAUUCAUCGUCCAAGGGAAAGGGUCGAACCGACAACGUAUCCGAUAUCUCAGUUGCAUUCAGAAUUCAGAAAGAGGAAUUGGAAAACAUUGCUUUAUUCUUGUCGGAUAAACGCAUGACGAGGAGUAUUGCAUUGGCCGUUCAAACUGAUGGUGCAGUCUUGACCGAAGCGGUAUCACGCGAUGAUGUUCUUGUAAGAGAUCAUUCCAUGGCUUUACAACUAUAUCGAGGUCCCGCAGCACCGGCUAUUAUCCCAGAGAUUCCUCCACCAGCUGCUCUAAAUACACAGAUCUUGAACGAGGAGGUCUUGCAAAAACUUCAAAUGUUGUAUGUGUCUGGUGCCGACUCGAAAGACAACAAAUCUGCAGAGUUAGAUGAAACAGAUUGCAGUUUUGUAACUGGCUCACUUGCAGAGUCCUCUACUUGGGCACUCUCUCGAUCUGUACCCUCCAAGAGCACAUGCGUCAUCUGUCGUGAUGAGAUCAGCUUCUGCGAAGCAGCCCGAGUUCCUGGUUCAUGCCGCCACGAAUAUUGUCGCACCUGCCUUGAGCAGCUCUUUCACUUAUCGAUGAGCGAUGAAUCACUCUUCCCACCCCGCUGCUGCAACGAACCAAUUACUGUCGCUAGUGUCCGUCUUUUUCUCACAAGUGAUAUUGUGCGCGCCUUUGAUGAGAAGAGAAUCGAAUUCGAAUCACCAAACAGAACUUAUUGCUGCUUCAAGUCUUGCUCAGCUUUCAUCCCACCGUCCAAAAUCAUCAACAAUGUAGCUACCUGUGAAGGCUGCGGUACACAAACGCACACCUUGUGUAAGUUAGAAGCUCAUAUUGGAGAUUGCUCAAACGAUACCGCAUUGCAGGAGGUUUUGGAUCUUGCUAGGGACAGGGGCUGGCAAAGAUGUUUUUCCUGCUGGGGUAUGGUGGAGCUUGAGGUUGGAUGCAACCACAUGAAAUGUCGAUGCGGUGCCACGUUUUGUUACACCUGUGGGCUGAGAUGGAAGACCUGUCGUUGUCCACAAUGGCACGAAGACCGUUUGAUUGCUCGUGCCACGGAGAUUGUCAACCGCAGACCUGGUCAUCAACUACUUGAGCGUCCCUAUCAAGCCAUCGGACAAGGAUCUGCAAUUGAAGCUCAAAUUGCCGUAGCUGCGGAGGGUCUUCGAGAGAAUCAUGCGUGUGAGCACCACGAAUGGCGCAAAAUACGAGGAUCUCAUCAAUGUGAGGGUUGCCAUAAUACUCUGGAACUAUUCAUUUUUGCAUGUCGUCAAUGUGAACUAAGAGUUUGCAACAGAUGCAGACUUAACAGGUUGUAGUGGGAAUGGAUUUGUGGAAGCUAUUCAAUGGUGUGGACAAUCUUGAGCUCUAUUCA